UUGCAGGGCCCGAAGACCUUUUCACGAACUUCUUACGAAAAAGGUGUAGUCAUUGUUACCUGUGAUCACUGCAGAAAUCACCAUAUCAUCGCGGAUAAUCUAGGCUGGUUUCAGGAUUUCAAGGGCAAAAAUAUUGAAGAGCUUCUACAGAAACGUGGAAUUACUGUCAAAAGAGGAAUUACGAUUGAGGCGGAUGCCACUUCCGUAGAAAAAAGCAAGGUAUCAAAAUUUGUCUCUUUUUCAUUUUCAAUACCCAUGGGUAUUGAAAGGGUUUUACCUAACUUCAUUCAAUAUCUGGCAGAAAUGACUAGUUUAUAUGCCGGCCAUGUUCCUCUUUCACUCGGUUCUCGCUUUCUGCUAGGCGUUGGCUCAGCGGCAAUGGCGAUCUCCGAUCCUCGUCGAGGUGACAUGGUAGCGGCCAUGGGUGAAGCCACAGCUUUUGAAUCUGUCCUUGAGAGGAUCCGACAGAGAAUGGCAAGUGAUGUACUGGGCGCCCGACUUUUAGCUGAACGCCCUAGGGUUACCAACACUAGCGUUAAUCGUGCUUACCUCAGCUCCUUACCUGACAAUACGCUAGGAAAGGAAUAUGCCAAGUUUCUUGACGGUUUACAUACAUCUCCAGAUGCUAGACCUCCUGUAAGGUUUAUCCAAAACAAAGAUCAUCUCUACGUUAUGCAACGUUACCGUGAAACACAUGACUUCAAUCAUGUUCUUCUACAAAUGCCCACUAAUAUGUUGGGUGAGGUCACUGUUAAGUACUUUGAAGGCAUUCAAUUUGGUUUGCCCAUGUGUGUGACUGCCGGCAUAUUUGGGGCAGGAAGGUUGCGCACAAAGCAUCGUCACAGGUUCCUUACGAAACAUCUGCCAUGGAUUCUUGAACAAGCAACAAAAGCUCGAUUUUUCAUGGCUGUUGAUUGGGAAAAUCAUUGGGAGGAAACAAUCUCAGCGCUGCAGGAACAGCUUGACGUAACCCCAUUCGAGACAUAUCACAACUCUAAGCCAUAG